AACAGAGCCGCAUCGAGGGGACCAGGACAUACUAUCACACACCACCCACCACCCACCUACCCUUCAACACUCGCGCGCAUACCCCUCCCCCCAGCAUAUGCCCACGACAUCCUCACAAAGCCCAUCCUCAGUGCUCCCUAUCUCCCGCAUAAAGCUCCCCGCCUCCAAUAUGGCGGCUGCUGCCACCUCGAAUCCUCCUAGGCUGACAGGAAAACAUCCACCGGGCGGGUUGGCAUCGGCGUAUGGGCGGCCAUCGGCCGGAUCGAAGACGCGUCCCCAAGCGCUGGCGAAUGGCGUUGGUGGUGGUGGCGGUGGGGCGGCGGCUUCUGCGACGGGGACGGGUACGCCUACCGCGGCUAGUAAGCUGGCGGAACGUAAGAGGGCCGCCGCAAAUAAUAAGGCAGCAGAACUGGCACGACAGAGGGCGAAGACAAACGGGGGUAACGACGACGACGACGCCGGUGGAGGAACCAGACGGGAAUAGUGUUACGGCGAGGGAAGCUAGAGAGAGAGCUGCUGCGAUACAGAAAUUACCGCCGCGACCGCCUGUUAUAUCUACAUCUUACAUUCUCAAGCGAUUUACCGGGAAACCGCCGAGCUUAGUGUUACACCUCCACCAGCUUAACUUCCGGUUCGAAGGGCAGGAUGGGAGUUUUGGAUAUGGCAGUCCUAUGAGGACGAUUCUGGAAUGUGUCCGUAAUGAAGAGAUUCCCCAUGAGCUCAUAGAGGAGUUUAGGGAUGCGGGGACGAUGUUCUACGACGGCUGUUUGAUUGUGCAGAUACAUGACCAUCGGUCGGCCUCUUCCACGUCAACGUCGAAGGUCAAGAGCAAACAGGACCCCGGGUCGAUACACAACUACAACGAGUGGAUAUGUCCGUCGCCGAUGGUUCCAUUCCCGACUCCGAAGCCCCCUGAAGCGGUCGAGAAGAAGGAGGAGAAUAAGGACGGCAAACCGAAGGGACCGAGGAUCUUCACCACAGUUCUACACCCCACCCCACUCACCCUACACUGCGACAUGGCCGUUCUUGCCUCAACGCCCAUGCCAGGCCGAUCACAAACCCUUGCGCAAACUUCUACCACAACUACCCCACGGUUACCCCCUACCCGCCGAACGAUAUUGGACAACUCGAACUUGCACGAUUUCGAAGCCAAGAACCUUUUGGCCACCUCUCCAUCUCUGAUCCUAACCCCGGCAAAAUCUGUCGAACAUGCAAAGAUGAUCCACAAGAUACUUCAGCACCCACUACACUGCUUUCCAUUGCCUCCGCCGAAGGCGCGGAAACGCACCAUGGCCGAACUACAGGCGGACGAGGCACAGGCGGCAGAGCAGGAGCGACUGCUGCUAUUUAUGGACGAGCGCAGGUACGCCGCACACAACGCCAACGGCUCAGAAUCCGCUGUUGGCGAUGGAUCCGGCUCGUCCUUUGAGCACAGCUUCAAGAAAUUCAAGGUCAUCGAAAGCAUCAAGCUUGCACAGACCGAGAAGAAGAAGGAAGCGGCGGAGAAGGCCGAGAAGGAGCGGAAGUUGCGUGCGGAGCAAGAUCAUGCCAAUCGUCAGCGCGCCGAGAUGCGGAAGCAGGAGGAGAUGGAGAAGCAACGGCAAAUAAACGCUAGGAGGGCGGCGAGCGCAAGUCAGCAGGGGAGUCCGGUGCUCGCUCAGGGCCCGAUGGGAAGCUCCGCUGCGCAGGUCAAUGGCAUUACUGCUACAACGAGGCCAGGUUCCUCGGGUGGCAUGAACUCUGUGCCUAUGAGCCCGGCGCAGCAACAACAUACUGCUAAUAUGCGAUUACAGCAGCAACAGCAGCAGCAACAACAGCAGCAGCAACUCGCACACGUUCAAGCGCAAGCACAACAAGCACAGGCACAGGCCCAGGCUCAAGCUCAAGCACAGGCCCAGGCUCAAGCGGCACAGGCCCAGGCCCAGGCCCACGCACAGGCCCAGGCACAAGCACAGCAGCAGGCCGUGCAACAGCAUCACCAGCAACAGGCUCAGCAACAAGCCCAACAGCAACAGCAACAGCAACAGCAACAGCAACAGCAGCAGCAACAGCAGCAGCAGCAGCAGCAGCAGCAGCAACAACAGCAGCCCCAAGCCCAGGCAAUGGCAAUGCAACACUCCCUAUCACAACACUCUCAGCAUCAAUCCCCACGGCCACAACAAGCCGUUCCCCGCCCUCAACAGCAAAUCCCACCGCAACAGCAACCGCUUCAAAUCCAUCAGCUCUCCCAGACCCCACUCCAACAGAGUACCCCCCACUUAGCCUACAUCAACCAACUCCGUCAACAGGCCCAAAGCGGACAGAACCCAAUGGUUGGCGUCUCACGCCCACCACAGGCCCAACCCCAACAUGCCCCAGCCGCACGCCUUCAACCUCCUCAGAUGAGCCAUCCGCACGCCUCCCCUCGUGGCACCAUCUCCUCUCCACGGAUGCCUCCCAACGCCACUUUGCAGCAACAACAAGCCGCACAACACCAAGCCGCUCUCUACCAACAACAAGCCGCCAUGGCCGGACACCCGCAAAUGAUCUAUGGCAGCGCAGCAUACAUGCAAGCCGCGCAGCAACAGAUGCUCAUGCAGCAGCAACGGCAGAUCCAAGGCCGCGGUGGCCAGAUGAUUGGCAAAAACAUGGCUGGCCAGAUCCGAGCAGGGCAGAUCGGUGGUGGCGGUGUCGGCCGUGGAAUGCCCAUGCAGCAGCAGAUGGGGGUGCAGCAGGGCGUUGGAGGUGUCGGUGGCCAGGGUUUCCAGGACUAUGGGAUUAAUAUCGGGCCUGGCGGCGGGAUGAUGCAGCAGCAGGGGAUGGGCGGGGUUAAUAUGAUGGGUGCGGCGGGGAGAGGCGUGGGGAUGGGACGGGGACGGUAGUUUCUCCAUCGCCAUCCUUUCCAUUGAUUGUGUUUCCGGUGUUGGGCGGAUAGGGUUUGGUUUGGUUUUUUCUUCUCUUUCUUUCACUUUUUUUUCUUCCAAUCGACUCGCAAUUUGGCCGGAUUAUGCGGAUUGUGGGAGUGUUAAAUGUUACAGUGGUUUUGCGCUUUAGCUUUUCUUUUCUUUCUACUCCUUCUAUUCCUUCUUACUUUUUUUUUACUGUUUUUUACUUUCUUUUCUUUCUUUUCUUUGCUGUUUUGCGGUCUUCUUCUUCUUCUUCUUCUUCUUCUGUCUUUUUGAGUGCUGCUCAGUGUUUACAUGCAACUGCAACCAGGCGUUUAUCGAAUUGAAAUAUAUGAAUGGAUACAAAUUUCUGCGUUGGUCUGAUGCUUUGCUUGUUCCGCCGUGCUGGCUGGUUAGGUAGUGGAUAGUCAAAUGUACUGGUGUUUAGAUUUUGAACGGCUGCUGGUCAAUGAAGAUAGCGG